GUUCCGUUUGAUGCCAAUCGUGGAAACUUGCACAAACAUUCAUUCCCCAUCACUCGAUUCAGCUCCAUAUGAUGGUAUCAUCUUCACUCAUUCCUAUUAUCCACCCCUACACAUGCAGGUUUAUUGCCUUCCCAGACUUUGCGUAUAGCGACCUUAAGCUCCUCCGCCGUCUCCCGGUGCUUCUCGAUCCUCUAAUCAAUCUCACUAAUCUCCUGCUCAAUGCGCUCCGCACUCUAUUCCAGCAAUUGCUGCACCUCUUCGAGCGGCAGAUGCAGAAACAGACAUCCGAUCUUGUCGGGUACCAGCUUGUCUCCGUUCGCGAGCUCGCACUCGGAGGUCACGUCUUAGGUACUCCACUCGUUCUCUUGCUAGGGAAACGGGUUGUGGGGGGUGGGGGGAAGUGGGCGGAGCGCGGGACGGUGGGCACACGUGUUUGGCUUAUAGCUCGUCGCGAAGAAUGCCUUGCUCCCGGUGAAGGGUGGAGAAACGGCUGCUUCAGUGGUCCGCUCGUGGCACUUGCGUGUCGGCUGCGGCUCUGUCUUCGCGGGAGAGCUAGGGAGCGCUGUCAGCGGCGAUCGGUGGUCGUUUGUGCCACGGGCGGUUGUCCAUCUUGUAUUUUUGUUUGGACGACGGGACGGAGAUGGGACGGGAGAAAAUACGGCGGCGCGUUGUUGUGAUGAUCGCGGGGACGCUGCGUGCGCAGUGGAGGGGCUGCGGAUGGUGGGGUGCUGCUUGCUUGCUCGCUGCUGCAGUUGGUAACUAUGCCAAGUCACCCCGUCUGUUAGUUACCCGUGUCUUUGCUUCUUCAACGUCACUGUACUUCCACCAGCAACCGAUCACAAGCAAUCACGAUGUCACCGUUCCUAUAAUCACCUUACUCGAUAGCUAUGGGCGUCCUUCAUCACCACGAUCAGCAUCGCAGCCGGAGGCAGGAGAGAGGGGGGAGGAAGAGGUACUUUUAUAGAGGACACAGCGAUGAGCGAGACUCAGGACUUUGGUGACGAAGACGGAGGAGGUGCCUGCUUUAUGGCGAGGGAUAUGUAGAUGUACCGUAGUGGCGCCUUGCUCGGAGACGUAAUACUAUCUAUACAAACGGUGCCCGGCUUGAAGAGGAGGUUGCAGAAAGAGCAUACCGUACUUAGCUAACCACAUGGAGCCGGCGG